GAGUUGUGGUUUGAAGCAGUGGGUCAUUUCAUGAGAAUGGGUAAGUCUCUACGCUGCUUCAAAGAUUUUGAGCUCAACCGUGGCGCUUGGACUGCCCAAGAGGAUUUCAUUUUGAGUAAUUAUAUUUCCAUUCACGGAGAAGGUCAAUGGAGCUCUAUUGCCUUAAAAGCAGGUCUGAAGCGGUGUGGGAAGAGUUGUAGAUUGCGUUGGAUGAACUAUCUGCGUCCUGAUAUUAAGCGUGGGAACAUUUCACCCGACGAAAGGGAUCUCAUUAUUAGACUUCAUGGGCUCCUUGGCAAUAGAUGGUCUCUGAUUGCAGGACGAUUACCUGGGCGAACAGACAACGAAAUAAAGAACUAUUGGAAUACUCAUCUCAGCAAAAGUAAGGAGAUGGCAGAGAAGGGAGCUCUUCAGAAAGUCCAUAGAAAAUCAAAACUGGGUCGUCGCGAAGGUCAUCGUCGACCAACGAGUACUCCUUUGAAAGCAACUGCGGUUAGAACAAAGGAGGAGCCAAACAAAAGUGUGGACAUUUGUAACUCUGAUGAUCAAGACGUGAAGUCGAGGGAGAGCGAACAAAGUAUGAAGAACUCCAAUUCAUGGUGUGAGUUAAUAGUCGAAGAUUACAUCACAGAUGUGUAUUCCGACUUCGACGACCAUAUGAUGGCUCAGAAAACUGGUGUAAAUGAAGUAGGUAUUUCAAAGGAGUUACUAUAUUUGAAGAAGCUGGCUUCUCCCCACUGCGAUCACAACUUCUCUCCAUCUGAAUAUACGAGAGAUUUCAAGAUGGAAGAUGUUGUGAGUAUGCAGAAUGUUGAAUUUAUUAACAAGGCAAGCAUGCAGUCUUUCAAUAUGCUACUUUCUGAAUGGGACGAGCACUGGGAAAGGGAAGCAGCAAUACUGUUUUAGAAGAUUUUAUCUCAGUUUUACGAGACAAGAUAAAAGUUUAGUUCUUAAGUUUAAGACUGUAUUUUUACUUCUCUCGUGCUAUAUAAUCUUUUUUAGACUGUAAGAAUGGGAUCUAGUCCUCCUAUAAAUUGUAGUGUGCCAAUAACAUCAUGCAUUGUCCUAACAUCUAUCUACAAUCUGAGGCUUGUAUGAUUUGUUCUUUUGACUAGCUUUGGUUUCUCUCUUGCCAUUGUUUUCA